AAAAAUGGUUUUGUUAUUCAUUGGUUGGUGCAGCUGGUUGUUCCAAAGAUAAUUUGAAAUUUAUAUGUCUUGGGAUUGCCAUUUGUCUGGGCUUCCCCAAACUGUGGAUUCUUGUCUGUAAUUUUGCUCUAAACCUCUCUUUUUCUUCUCUUCUCUUUUCUCUUCCUCCUCCCACUUCACCCUGCUCCUCUCCUUCUCUUUCUCCUUCAGGUUCUGUAUAUUGAUGAGUUUUUGUUUUUUCAACAUCAUCAUCGUUGGUUCAAUCUUGUAGCAGAGGUAGCAUUAUAUAUUCAGCUCGGCAUCACUACUGCUUUCUUGAAUCUAAACCUCAAAGGAGAUGAGUAGCUGACUCAGUUGUGAAGAGACCAGAAACAGGCACAUUUGAAUUUGAGUUAUAAAUUUUACAAUGUAUUCAAACCAAGCGUUUUCUUCAGGGCCCUAUGCAGAUAUGUUGUCUGGGAAUCCUCUUUUACCCCAUAACUACAGUGAAACUGUUGGAGGACAAAAUGAGUUGAAGUUCAUGACAUCCAUGAGGGACACAAUGACUGUGCAAUCUAUUGAUGGGCAUUCAAAUGGGGCCCCUACAUCUGGUCAAGACUCUUUUUCCAACGCUGGAGAUUCCCAUUCCCAUCUUGUUCCAAGAACAACACAAUUGGGACUUGUGGACAGUGAGCAAAAUGUACAGAACCAAGGCUUGUCUCUUAGCCUUGGUUCAGUGAUGCCUUCUAUUGCAUCAGUCCCUACCUUCCCAUAUCAGUAUCCUGGCGCAGGUUUCUCUUCACUGAUGACUGCUUCUGUUCUAAAUUUAAAGGGAACUUCAUCUCUCAAAGAUGAUGAAGCCAGCCUACAAAGGGAAUUGAGAAAUGCCGAGUGCAUGGCAUCUUUGGCUUCUUCUGGCUUUCACAGGAGGGAGGGUUUGUUGUAUACUCCACAACACCCUUCAAUGUGCCUCGGUGAAGGCCAAGAUGGAUCACUAGGCUUCUCCAGCAGUGUCUUGAGCCCACAAUACCUCAAGGCAGCACAGGAGUUGCUUGAUGAAAUAGUUAAUGUUCGAAAGGCUUUGAAGCAAACAGGUUUAGAGAAGCAACGGAGUUUCCGUGAUAUUGGUUUAGAUGGCUCCAAAGAUUCUGAUGGAAAAUCUACCAGCCAAUCAGGGCAGAUAUCUUCAUGUCCCAACAGUUCUGCUGCAAACUCCUCAUGUGAACUCUCACCGGCAGAACGACAGAAUUUGUUGGACAAAAAGACAAAACUUUUGACCAUGUUGGAUGAGGUUGAUAAAAGAUACAGACAGUACUGCCACCAGAUGCAGAUCGUGGUUUCAUCUUUUGAUAUGGUUGCUGGUUGUGGAGCAGCUGAACCAUACACUGCACUGGCCUUGAGUACAAUAUCACGCCACUUUCGGUGUUUACGUGAUGCCAUUAGUGGUCAAAUUCAAGUGACUCAAAGGAGCCUUGGAGAACAAGAGGGAAUACCUCGUCUACGCUAUGUUGAUCAGCAGCUUCGGCAGCAAAAGGCGCUUCAGCAACUUGGUGUAAUGCGACAAGUUUGGAGGCCUCAGAGGGGACUUCCUGAAACCUCUGUUUCAAUACUUCGAGCAUGGCUCUUUGAGCACUUCCUCCAUCCUUAUCCAAAGGAUUCAGAGAAAAUUAUGCUGGCUAGGCAAACUGGCUUAACAAGAAACCAGGUGGCAAAUUGGUUCAUUAAUGCAAGGGUGCGGCUUUGGAAGCCAAUGGUUGAAGAAAUCUAUAAGGAAGAAUUUGGCGAUUCUGAGAUGAGCAGCAAUAUACUAUCAUCAGAGAACACACUGAAAGCUCCAAGAGAUGAUGCUCAAUCUCCUGACAGCAAAAGGGAAGAGUCCCAGGACAACAUAAUAACAGUAGAUGAUAGUGAUAUUCAGCAUCAUGGGUUGAAGUUGGAUCAUGCCUCAGAGUUGGACAGAGGAAUCCGAGGUAGUGAUCAUGGAGAAAAUGGCUUGGAUCCUAGAAUUGGGAGACUGCAGGGUGACCAAAGGUUCAACAUUAACAACAGCAACAGUUCUUAUUAUGGGGAAGGCUGCAUAAUUGCUUCUGCUCCUGCCACAUACGAUUUAUCUGAGUUAGGUAACAUUGGUGUUGGUGGGCAGGUGUCACUAGCAUUGGAAUUGAGGAACUGUGAUAGUGAAGGGUUUGGCGGGUCCAAUGAUGACAUGCUUAGAAGACGUAAGAAACCAUUGGCUUCUUCCUCAGAGGCUGAUUUGAUAGAUUACCAUUUCACAGACCAAGAAAAGCAACAGAGCAAGUUUGGCAAUCCUCACCUAUUGCACGAGUUUGUUGUGUGAUGAAGGGUGAAGGGAACAACGGAAGUGUGUACCAGCAAAAUAGAUAGAUAAACAAAAGGGCCUGUGUUGUUGCUUUAUUUACUUCGUUAUUCAUUCUUGUUGUCAAAAUUUCAUAAAAAGCCAUGUAAAUCAUGAACAGUAGUACAAAAUAUACACGUAGGUAUGUGUAGAUAUUCUCUUGUAACAUGGUGGUGAAGAUUGGUUGUAUCAUGUGCAGGCAAUUUUGUCCAUCAUGCAUGAUGAAUAAAGAAUCUUGUGAACAAUGUAAAAGGGGUGCAAUCUGAAUGCAUCGACUCUUGUGCAAUCUUAUUAUUGAAGUUUGUGUCUUU